AAUUGCGUUUUGGUUAAAAUUUGAAUCGAAACCGUUAUGAAACGCCACUAGGUGCGCCGCCACUGCCUCUCGAGCAGGUGUGGUAAAGCAAGAUGGCGGCUGUGCAAACACUGGUUUUGUUAGUUUUAGGUGUUUUUAUAGAAAAUUGUUUCGCACAAAGGUCCCCGACGAUAUCUUACAUAACUCAAACCCAGAUCAAGGAUAUUGGGGGUACAGUGGAGUUAUCAUGUUCGGUCCAGUACACAAACGAUUAUCCAGUGAUCUGGAUGAAAAUCGACCCCAGGUCAAACGCCAACAGUUUGCCCAUCUCCACAGGAAGUACGCUAAUUCUGCACGAAUCCAGAUAUUCGCUACGUUACGAUGAGGCGAGUUCGACUUACACUCUCCAGAUUAAAGACAUCCAAGAAACAGACGCCGGUUUUUAUCACUGUCAAAUCAUCAUUUCCCCCAGUAACAGGGUCUCAGCUGAGGUGGAAUUGCAAGUGCGGCGCCCCCCAUUCAUUUCCGAUAAUUCGACCCGUUCAGUGGUCGUAUCAGAGGGGCAAGCUGUUCAGAUGGAGUGCUAUGCUGGGGGCUACCCACCGCCGAGGAUCUCCUGGAGGCGUGAAAACAACGCCAUUUUGCCCACCGGUGGGUCUAUCUACCGCGGCAACGUGAUGAAAAUUAAGCAAAUCAAAAAAGAGGACCGCGGGACAUAUUAUUGCGUCGCUGAGAAUGGCGUCGGACGGGGGACUAAACGUAAUAUAGCCGUGGAGGUGGAGUUUGCGCCCGUCGUAACGGUGCCUCGGCCCCGCCUCGGACAAGCCCUCCAAUACGACAUGGAUUUGGAAUGUCACGUGGAGGCGUACCCGCCUCCCGCAUUGACUUGGGUCAAGGACGAAGUCGCUUUAUCCAACAACCAGCAUUACAGUAUUUCACAUUUCGCUACAGCGGACGAAUUUACCGACACCACUUUACGUGUGAUAACAAUUGAGAAGCGACAGUACGGACAGUAUAUUUGUAAAGCGUCGAAUAAAUUGGGGUCGGCAGAGGGCGUUGUUGAGUUGUUUGAAUCUGUCAUCCCCGUGUGUCCUCCCGCUUGCGGCCAAGCCAGGUACGGCGAUGCGGCCACCCUGUCGACAAGUACCGCCGCUCUGUGUUUGACGUUGCUGUUCGUCUUGUUUCGAGAUUUCCACGCCCAACAUUAAUUAUCCAGGCCUUGUGUGGUUGAAUUCGAGUCCAAGCUCGACUUGCAACGCCGUCUUAAUUUCAAUUCUCACAACGACUUUGUUGUAUUUGUUUUUUUAGUGAGGACCAAAAAACAGUGAGCAAUAUUUAAUCGAUAGUGUUAAGGUUUUUUACACGACAUUUUGAUACAAUUCCAUUUUUUUGUAUAUUUUAUAGUUGACACACUCUGUAAAUGUUUUAUUUUUUUAUUUUAAUUUUUAUUGCACGGUUGUGCGUAGUGUAAGGCCUAAUAAUUGUUCUUUGCCAAGAACAGCUCUAGUCAACAAAUGACAGCUAUUCUUGGUAACAACGUCAAAUUUUAUUUGUCCAAUUCGUCCAUUAAAUUAAUUUUUUGUCAA